AUGGGCGGGGGUGCCCGGCGGGACCCCUCGCCCCGCGCCCGGCGAAGCAGAUCGGCGUUCCGCCCCGCCUCUCCCCGCCCCGCCCGCGGCCACGGAGCGGAGCAGCGCGGGCGAGGGGCCACAACUUUCCCCGAAGUUUGUGCCGGAGAGUCGCGGCAGCUGCGCACCGAGCGGGUCCCCACCCUCGCUGCGGGGCUCGGCGCCCGGGCUGCGGGCAGGAGCGGCGGGACCGGCGGUGCGCGGCUGGGGGGCAGCCGUCCGGGCGCAGGGAGCGGCAGCGCCAGCCUCCCCUUUCUCUGUCCCUUUUCCCGGCUGGGGGAAGGAACGCGGGCGGCCGCGGGGAGCAGCCCGGAGCGGCGGCCAGCGGCAUCCCCGGAGCCGCUCUCCUUCGGACGGCUGAGCGCCCCGCGCACACAGCGCCCCGCACUCCGCGCGGCGGCUCUGCCCCGACAACUCCGGCGGGGUCCGGCGGGGCCGCUCCCGCCCGCGGGCUGUCACCGGCCCCGCCGUACGCAGCGCUUCGGCCCCGCGGGGCGGGAGGGGUGCGGGCGUGGGGAGGGGAACGGAGGGGAAGGAGAUUGCUGGCCCUCCCCGGCCGCUUUACCUGUCUCUCCGUCCCAGAAGCCGAGGUGUCUUCCCCCGGGGAGCCGCUCCCCGGACGGCAGCAGCCCGCGAGUGGUGGGGAGUCCAAGUAUUCCGCGGCUGGCCCGCCCGCCCCCCUCCCGUCCCUGCGCUCCCGUUGUAUCCACAAACUACUCCAUCGCCGCCAGCCCCAGCGCAGCCGCUUAUAUAGGCUAUAGGAUGGACAUGAGACGGCAGAUAGUAUCGACUUGGAAGUGGGUGGAAAACAAUAAAAGUCCACUUGGCAACCUCGGGAGCGUCGCUGUUCGCACAAGCCCCCCCUUCCCGCCCUCUCUCCCCUCCCGCCCCGGUCCCCCCCGUCCCUCCCCCUGCUCGACUCUCCCGAGCAGGGCUCAGUCACUCUUUCGCCUCUCUCCGACGUAA